UGUGACCAAACGUUGUCGUACGACACGCAGUUUGGGGGUUUGAGGUGCGGAGCACGUGUUUGAGAAAUUGGCUGAUAGAAAAGUGGAAGACAUGAAUCAAAGGCCAUUUGGAACGUGGAUUACGGGUGCUGCAGUUAUAUUGGGCGGAAUAGCAACUCUAAAUGUGGCUUCUACACUUACACUCAAAGCACUUCACUUUGCGUCUGAGAAUAAACGGAAAAAAAUUGCGUUGCCAUGUAUGACUUGUAGAGGGAAGGGGUUUUAUAUAUGCAAAUUGUGUAAUGGAAAUGCUACUAUAGCUUGGUCUCCAAUGUAUGAUCCUAUUGCAAUUAACCCUUGCGUUUGUCCUACUUGCGAUGGAAACAGGGUACAACGUUGUCUGAAUUGUGUGGGAAAAGGCUAUGACUGAAUUGUAGAUUGAUGUAUUUUUUCGUUCCUAAAUUGUGAUGAUUAUUUUAGUGACUUCUAUUUACGUUUAUUUUACUGCGUCUGAGAGCUUGACUCAUUGUUUACGAAUGAAGCGUUGAUGAUGCCGAUGUACUUCAAAACUUUGCCAAUUAUUAAAGUGACCGAGUUUCUUCAAUA